CGGGGCCGCGGCAGCUGCCGGGGCCGCACGGCCGAGAGGAGCGGGCGGCCGCUCGGGGGGCGCAGCAGCGGCGGUCGCCGGCCCGGAACGCUGCGGGAUGGAGCCCGCAGGCCUCACCCUGAAGCUGCUGCUGGUCGGAGACAGCGGCGUGGGGAAGUCCAGCCUCCUGCGGAGGUUCAUGGACGGCGCCUUUGAUCCGCGCCUGACACCCACCGUCGGUGUUGAUAUUAAAAUGAAGAGAAUGGUGGUGGAGGGCCGCGCAGUACAGCUGGCCGUCUGGGAUACAGCAGGACAGGAGCGUUUCAGAGCAGUGACUUCCAGUUACUACCGAGGAGCUCAAGGGGUUGUUUUAGUGUAUGAUGUCACAAGAAAAGACACUUUCACAGGAAUAGGAGGAUGGCUGAAUGAGCUGGAAAUGUACACCUCCUCCAGCAGCACUGUGAAGAUGUUGGUUGGCAAUAAAACUGAUAAGCCUGACCGUGAAGUAGAGAGAAAAGAAGGGCUCCAGCUUGCUAGGAAACACUCACUGCUUUUUAUAGAGACCAGUGCCAAGACACAGGAUGGAGUGCAGCAUGCCUUUGAGGAACUGGUCAUAAAGAUCCUGCAGACUCCAGAUCUCUGGGAGAAGGGCCCAGCAAAGAAGGGAGUCCAGCUCAUGGAAUCAUCAGCACAGCAGCAGAAAGGGUUAUGUGGUGCCUACUGUGCACUUAUUUAAAUGCACAGGUGGCUGUUCUGCCUGACUGGAGGGGACUUGGAAAGACAAAAGGGGUAGGGAUGGGAUUCCAAGCACCAAUCUGUGCCACGUUUGAUGUGCCAUCAGUUGUGCAGAUCCAAAACACAAACUCAUUAGCAAAAUACACUUUUAUUCGUUAACAAAAUACAGUUUCUCCUUCUCUUUUGCACAACUGCUGUCUGCAGGUAUUUUUUUGGUAGCUCUCAGAUUUUUCACUCUUAAAUCAUAGUGCUGCUUAGAGUAUAUGACAUUCAACGUGGGCUUUUGCUGGAAUUCCUGCCUCAGCAUAAAUAAGGUGGUAUUCAAUUCUGGAAUAUUACUGAGAAGUUUCUCUCCCCUGGGAUGGCAUGGGAGGCUUUUAGGCACCCACGUUACCUUCAUGUAGUUACUCAGCAGGAGUUUGAUCAGUGGACGUAGUUUCCUGAUUUUGGAUGGUUUUAAAAUGUCAAAAUUGCUGCAUGUCCCCAGACAGUAAGCUGAGCUACUGGUUAAUUUUAGGGCUGUGAUGAAGAGGAUGUGUAUUUUAACACUUGUCAGGAAAAGUGCAGGACACUGAAGGUGGCCCUGUGCUGUUCUCUUUGCACUGAGGAUCAGGGGUGAGAUGCACUCAUCAUUUUGGGCUGUCUCACACCAUGGCUGUGGUUUUGCAGUCACUGAGGUUCUCUGCAAACCCUUGUCCUCUUCCAGUAACCACAGAUAAAAUUGGAAGUUUUAUCAGAAAUGAUAAAAAUUUUAUCAGAAAUUGAUAGAACUCAAUUUCACAGAAAAUUGCUGCCUAUGGGAGACUUUGCACUAGGGUGAGUCUGUCACCAAUCCCACUAUGAAGUCACCUUUUUAUCUUUUACACUUUUAAUGGCAAUAUUGUAUUUUGCUUACUUACAUUAAAGUAACUGAAAAUUUUAGGUGUACCUUGUAUGUAACUUGUGCCUUGCUUCUGUUAAUGCCAUAAAACAUACAGCUUUACUUACUGCUAGUCAGUCAAAAUAUUUUAAGAUGUUAUGAUAGCAACCUUGCUUUAAAUAAAUCCUGACCCUUAGCUUUUUAACUUAAA